CUCCAACCAUCUCUUCCUAUAAGUUAGAGCUUUUUUGCAAAACCAAGCUUCACAUUUCAGAUUGUUAUUUUGCUUUUUUCAAUGGCUUUGGCUUCAUACUUUUUUCUUUUCAUUUCAAUUCUCACUUUUCAUUAUUCAUCUAUUUCCCUUUUUGCUCUUAAAGUUCAUCUUGGUGGUGAUACAGGCCUCAAUUUGUCUAAAGUAUGCAGCAAAACAUGUGAAUCUUCCUUUUGCAAAGUGCCACCAUUGUUGAGGUAUGGAAAGUAUUGUGGGAUAUUAUACAGUGGAUGUCCAGGAGAGAAACCAUGUGAUGAACUUGAUGCAUGUUGUAUGAAGCAUGAUGCCUGCAUUUCAGCCAACAAUAAUAACUACUUGAGUGAGGUAUGCAACAAGGGAUUGUUGGAUUGUGUACAAAGAUUCAAGAAAGCAGGAAGCAGAACAUUUAAAGGAAACACAUGUGAUGUUAAUGAUGUCACAACCACCAUUAGUGCUGUUAUGGAUGCUGCAGUUCUUGCGGGAAGAUAUAUUCAUAAACCAUAAUUGGCUUCAAAACCUCACUAUAUAUCCAAGUAUGAGGCCCAUCGGUCUAGUGCCUUGUAACGAUUGGCCCAUGUUGUGAUGACCCUGGAAUGGACUAGACUUAACUAAGUUCAUUAAUAUUUAAUUCUUUUAUAACUA